AUUGAAGAGUUAGCACAUCACAAGUACCAAGUGCUAGAAGACUGCCUGUUCUAUAAAUUGACUGAUGAAGCGGAUAAGAUGCAAGGUAAAGGUAACGCGUUGAUGUUGCUGCCUCCUACUCUAGCACCUGGUGAAACGUUGGAUGUGGAUAUUCUGAAUGUUGUUGUACGACAAAUGUGGAUGGUAUGA